CGGUUUCUAAUGUUGACACUCAAGAAGAAUGGCGGCCAGUGGAAGAGAUGAUGAAAAGACCGGCGAAGAUAUAUCCUCUGUUAUGGGCUUUUCUGGCUUUGGAAAAAAGGCUCGAACAUUUGACUUAGAAGCCAUUUUUGAGCAAACUCGGAGGACGGCCAUUGAAAGGAGUCAACGAGUUUUAGAGGAUAGGCAGAAAGAAACUCAAGGAGCACUGAGCGGUGGUCCCAGCACUGCCUCCAAGCGAAGGGAAAGACCAUCAGCAUCCACUUCCAGCAGGCAGCAGGACAGCGAUGACAGCAGUGACUCAGAACUCAUCGGCCCUCCGGUCCCUCCAGGCCUCACUGCCCAGGCCGAUGAUGAUGAUGAGUUGGUAGGACCCCCACUCCCACCAGGAUACAGAGGCAGUACAGCCGAUGAUGACGACGAUGAUGAUGAUAAUGAUACCAUGGAGGAUGAUGAUGACCCAGUAAAGAAGAUUCCAGACACUCAUGAGAUCACACUUCAGCAUGGUACCAAGACAGUCUCUGCGCUCGGCCUUGAUCCCUCUGGUGCUCGGCUGGUCACGGGGGGCUAUGACUACGACGUCAAGUUCUGGGACUUUGCCGGGAUGGACGCUGCGCUGCAGGCCUUCAGGUCCCUGCAGCCAUGCGAAUGUCACCAAAUCAGAUCCUUGCAGUACAGCAUCACUGGUGAUGUGAUUCUGGUGGUGGCAGGAAAUUCCCAAGCCAAAGUCCUCGAUCGGGAUGGCUUUCAGGUUCUAGAAUGCGUCAAAGGGGACCAGUACAUUGUGGACAUGGCCAAUACCAAGGGCCACACGGCCAUGCUGAACAGCGGCUGUUGGCACCCCAAGAUCAAAGAAGAGUUCCUCACCUGUUCCAACGAUGGGACUGUGAGGACUUGGGACCUGAACAAUGAGAAAAAGCACAAGUCUGUGUUCAAGCCUCGCUCCCUGCAGGGCAAGAGAGUCACCCCCACCUGCUGCACCUACAGCCGGGAUGGCAAGCUCAUUGCCGCAGGCUGCCAGGAUGGCACUAUCCAGAUCUGGGACAGAAACUUAAGCGUCCACACAAAGUUCCACUGUCGCCAAGCCCAUGCUCCUGGCUCUGACACCUCCUGCCUUACCUUUUCCUAUGAUGGAACAACUCUGGCUUCACGAGGAGGAGAUGACACUCUAAAGACGUGGGACAUUCGCAACUUCAAGAAGCCCCUCCAAGUGGCCACAGGGUUGACCUCCUAUUUCCCAAUGACAGACUGCUGUUUCAGUCCUGAUGAUAAACUCCUGGUGACAGGCACUUCAGUGAAGCGAGAAGAGGGAAAUGGCAAACUGGUCUUCUUCGACAGAGAGUCCUUCAGGAAAGUGUAUGAGAUUGAGGUGGCCAGUGCGAGUGUGGUUCGCUGUCUCUGGCAUCCGAAGCUGAACCAGAUCAUGGUUGGAACAGGGAACGGUCUGGCCAAGGUCUACUACGACCCAGUCAAGAGUCAGAGGGGCGCUAAGCUAUGUGUGGUGAAGAACAAGAGGAAGGAGAAGCAGGCCGAGACGCUGACGCAAGACUACAUCAUCACCCCCCAUGCACUGCCAAUGUUCCGAGAGGCAAGACAGCGCAGCACCAGGAAGCAGCUGGAGAAGGACCGGCUCGACCCUGUGAGGUCCCAUAAGCCCGAGCCGCCUGUGUCUGGUCCAGGCAGAGGAGGUCGUGUGGCAGCCCAUGGCGGCACCCUGUCGUCCUACAUCGUGAAGAACAUUGCACUGGACAAGACGGACGACAGCAACCCCCGAGAGGCCAUCCUGCGGCACGCCAAAGAUGCAGCUGAGAACCCGUACUGGGUCGCCCCGGCCUAUGAGCAGACCCAGCCGGAUCCUGUGUUUGCAGAAGAGGAAUCCGAAGAAGAGGACACUGACAAGGAGCCAGAGUGGAAGAAGCGCAAGAUCUAAAGAAGAGCGCUUGUUUUCCCUUUCUCUCUCCGUGUGGAGAGUUUUCAUGGACACAGAAUCUGGUGGAGUUUGUAACCUCCGAAAAAAUGUGUUCAAACUCUUAGUUUUUCAUCCAGUUUUAGUGUAUGUGUGUGCGCAUGAGAGAGCGAGUGAAGAGACAGCCUCAGCAUUGUGCAGAGCCCAUUUGUAAUUGAUUUCCAUAAUGGGCAGAAGUCCUAGUUGUACACACUGUGGUUUGGAUAUAACUUGGCUUUGAUAUCAUUUUUUCUUCUCUUUUCCAUUCGUAGUUUUCUGUCGUGCUUAAAAAUAAACAUCUACUGUGUGUGGUCA